GGCACCUCCCGGGACGCGGGCAGCGGCACCGCCGCCUCUCCGUAACUCGGUCACUCGGCGGCGGCUUCCCCUCGGGAGCCCUCCUGCGGCGCACGGGCUGCCCCGCCACAGCAGUUCCCCGCCCGUGGCGGAGCUCCGUCCCAGUUUCCCCGGCCAAACUUUCCCAGCCGCCGGCAGCACCUGUGCGUAGCUCCCGGGCGAGAGGCAGCACCGCCUCCGCGCCCCGCGCGCAGGCGAAGAAAUAAAGUUGCGGCUCUGAGGUGGGGACGAAUCCCCUCCCGCAGGGCUCGGGCAGCCGCGGGGAGCCCUCUAAGUGGCUGCGGGGCUGCCGGCGCCUCUUCCCUCACCCCUCCCCGUGAGCGCUCGGUCCCUCCCCGGGCACAGGCGCUGCCCACCCAAGGAGGCGCCCGGCGCUGCUGCCCCGCUGCCGCCGCUCCGCGCACACACAGACAGACACACAAACACGGUGCGUGCGCCUCCGGGAGUCAGCGCCUCCGCGUUCAGGUUGCUCAGACCUGAAACCUCUACGGGGAAUCUCAGCGUUCUUGUCGCCGCUCCUGUUGGUGGAAGCGGUGAAGAGGAGAGAUUUUUUUUUUUUUAUUGUUAUUAUUAUUUAUUUUUUUUUCCCUCCCCCUUAUAUUCAAUGGAUCGGAACUUGGAGUCUUUGCACCUCGGCGGGUUUGGAAUAUCUACAUGCUGAGCCUCUUUGUUGCGGCACAUCGGCUCGUUCGGGGGAACCAUCCGGAGGCGGCACGAUGUUCCUCGCGCUCCUCUACUUGGCUCUGCCCUUAGCGGACGUACUUCUGUCGGCAGAAGUGAGCGGGCUGCCCGGAGGGGACCGCCUCGACUGCGUGAAAGCCAGCGAUCAGUGUCUGAAGGAGCAGAGCUGUAGUACUAAAUACAGGACACUGAGGCAGUGUGUAGCCGGCAAAGAGAGCAACUUCAGCCGGGCGACAGGCCUGGAGGCGAAGGAUGAAUGCAAAAGCGCCAUGGAGGCUCUCAAGCAGAAAUCUCUGUACAACUGCCGCUGCAAGAGGGGCAUGAAGAAGGAGAAAAACUGCCUACGCAUUUACUGGAGCAUGUACCAGAGCUUACAGGGAAAUGACUUGCUUGAAGAUUCCCCUUAUGAACCGGUGAACAGCAGGCUAUCAGACAUAUUCAGGCUAGCACCGAUUGUAUCAGUGGAGCCAGUACUUUCAAAGGGGAACAACUGCUUGGAUGCAGCAAAAGCUUGUAACCUAAAUGAUACCUGCAAGAGGUUCAGAUCUGCUUACAUAACCCCCUGCACCAGCAGCACGUCUAAUGAAAUCUGUAACAAGCGGAAGUGUCAUAAGGCCCUCCGGCUAUUUUUUGACAAAGUUCCCCCAAAGCACAGCUACGGGAUGCUCUUCUGCUCCUGUCGAGACGUAGCCUGUACAGAAAGGAGACGGCAGACUAUUGUUCCUGUGUGUUCAUAUGAGGACAGGGAGAAACCAAACUGCCUGAAUUUGCAAGAAUCCUGCAAGAAGAAUUACAUCUGCAGAUCUCGCCUUGCAGAUUUUUUCACAAACUGCCAGCCUGAGUCACGCUCUGUUAGUAGCUGUCUGAAAGAGAACUACGCUGACUGCCUCCUCGCUUACUCGGGGCUUAUUGGCACAGUGAUGACACCAAACUACAUAGACUCAAGUAGUCUCAGUGUUGCCCCAUGGUGUGACUGCAGCAACAGUGGUAAUGACAUAGAUGAAUGCCUGAAAUUUCUGAAUUUCUUCCAGGACAACACAUGCCUUAAAAACGCAAUUCAGGCUUUCGGCAAUGGUACUGAUGUGAAUGUGUGGCAGCCAAUUUUACCGGUACAGACCACUACAGCCACAACUACAACAGCUUCCAGACUUAAAAACACAGGUUCAGAGACCGCCAACAAUGAAAUACCCACCCACAAUGAUUCACCAGCAUGUGCAAACCUGCAGGCACAGAAGAAGAGGAAAUCCAAUGAAUCUGUAGAUACAGAACUCUGUCUUAAUGAGAAUGCUAUUGGGAAAGACAACACACCAGGAGUCUCCACCAGCCACAUAUCCUCGGAGAAUUCAUUUGCUCUUCCUACAAGCUUCUAUCCAAGCACACCACUCAUUCUGAUGACAAUUGCACUCUCACUCUGUUUGUUCCUAAGCUCAUCAGUCGUCUUGUAGCUGCAUUGCAAAAGGACAUGUAAAAAAAAUCUGUUUCCUGUCCUCUGUUGUUUAUCUGGAAUUCCAGGUCUGGGGGCUAAGCUGAGGCACUCCUGCUAGAACAGUUUGUCAGCUGGAAUUUUUUUUUUCUCUCUAAAAAAGCUUCUUGUGAUAUUUAGAGGCUUUGUGAAAUACUUGGUGCAGUGCUACAUUCCAAACCCAAGAAGCUUUGGGGCAUGCAGUGUUUUAAAGAGACAGUGUGUAAAUUUGCCUGUAAAGCGAUCUGGUUGGAUUAUCUUAAUAAUUGUAUUAAUUCUGGCCUUUACCUGAGAAGGAGGAUGGCAGUUUUCUUAAGAUCCUAUUUAUCUCAUUGGAUGGUUUUGGUUUUCAAAUUGAUCAAACUUCAGAUUAUCAAGGAUGCCAGGCUUUUUGUCUAAUGGUGAAUGUUCUCCCAGAGAGUGGACUUUAUGAAACUUCUUCAUUUGAUAAAUUGCUACUGAUGUUAAACUCUUUCAGUGUAUUAGCAUUUUCCUCUUUAAAUGUUUACGUACUGUAAGUGAUUCUGCGUUCCCUGCUGAGAAGCCAUUCUAAUUCGCAUACAGGUAUAACGUAUGUCUUUCAGUUAAAUUCUCAUAGAGUGUGGCAUAGAACUUUCUAACAGAACAUUUAUCUUUUAAUUAUAAUCAUCUAGCCUUAAUGAGGGUGAAGAUCCUUUAAAUUAACAAGAAGCAGCCAUUGUGAAAGCUCCAUAAACAUACAUUUCGUAAAAUUUGAGGAUGAACAGUAGAAAAAAAUUUUGCUACAGGGUUUCAGCUGUACAGUCACUGGUCUUCUAUGGUUCCAUUGUGACAAUAUAGUCCAAUUAUUAUACUGUUCAUUUAAUAAAAAAGGUAUGCAAUUUAUUUGCACUACUAAAACAGCAUUAUCUGUUUAUAUACAGCUGAUAAUGUCAGCUCAGAAAGUUACAGGAACGUCAUGCCUUACUUCUCUUAUCACAACAUUGUAGAGGGAAAAAAGGCAGUAGGAUUUAAACCGUGGUUUAUUACUGAGACUGCUAAAACCAGCACAAAAGGAUGGUUGAUCCAGUUACCAGGCAGCGUCAUGCACACUCACCCAUGUGACAGGAGUUUCUCACCCUCAUAGUUCUUAGUGCAGCCCAUGGGGCUGUUGACAUGAUGAGCUGUUUGCAAGACCUGUUCCAUAAAUGUUUUAAUGGUUUGGAUGGCAAUAUUGCCAGCAUACAUGAUUUGAUCACUUUGGCUUUUGUUCAGUGACACUGACAGCGUGUGCUGGCUCAUGAUGACUUUCUGCGGUAUCUGGAAGGGAUUCUUUAAAGCUGUAAGCGUCAUCAAACAGGCAGCGUUUCUCCUGAGGGCUGUCCUCAUACCUUCCUGUGAUGGCUUGGUGACUGUUACAAGCAGUUGUGUCUAAAUGAUCGACGGUAAUCAGUUUUUGUUUUUCCUGGAGUAGGAGAUAACUUUACCAAGCAAAGAGUUCAUCAUGUUGAAUGUACAGAUUUACACUGAGACUUACACAACACUGCCCAAGCCUGCUUUGAAAUGCCUGGAUCAGUUAUUUGCUAUACAACUGUAAGGUAGAAAUUACUGUUUUAUGAACAGCAAUGAAGUUUGGGAGCGUGCAGAAUAGGCGUUUUACUAAGAGAUCAUUAAGCCUAUUGACAAGUUCAUCUUUUGAGCUUUUUCUUAGCACUUUCAGAAAUUGUAGAAUUCACUUACAUACUUUCGGUUAUGGUCACAUGAUAUAGGUUUCAAAGCACUGUGUAUGUGAUAGAAUUCUAGGAUACUCUGUGCCACUGAACAUAACAAAUUAGACAAUAUUACUCUUUAAUUCUGUGCUGAUAAGAAACUGCAAAUUACUUUCAAAGGUGUCAGAACUGCUUUUGGAGAAGAAAUAUAUAGCAUAUCAUUACCAGCAAAGCCCAUGUGGUUCCUAUUGCUCUUCUUGUAGAAACUAAUCAAAUUAUUGAAAACUAGUGACAACAGAAAGGAAGAUUACGAGAUUCAUGAUUUAAAAAAUAAAUUAUUUUAUGUCAAAAGGAGCUGAUAGUAUAACCUAUUGAAAUGGAAAUGAACAUAUCGUUACAAUCCAGAAGUCUGACAUUACCCAAUUAAAAAUAUUUUCAAAACAAAUUCAUAAAAAUUACAAUUAUUAAAUCCAUCUUUGAUCCACAAAGCUUUCUUUAAAAUAUCAUUUGUAUUCAGCACAUUAAACAUUUUAAGCAGUAUCUGGAAUUUUAAUAACCUCCCAGUAUAGUGCACAGCUUUUUGAAGCUUUUAUACAUUUGGUUUGAUUACAGUAUCAGUAUUUAAUAGAAAUUAUUAGAGCUGUGACACUGUGUGAUCCAGAAUAAAAGCUAUUGAUCACUUGUGCCAUAAACAACAACCUAAUUAGCUUCUGAUUACAAAAUAAAUUUCUAGUUAUCUGAUUCAAUGAGAGUUACCUUUGGAAAUACAAUUAUGGAUACAGCAGAGGAGGAAAUGGUGUUUUAUACAGCUAGCCAUGUUACCACAAACAACACAGAGCACUCAAGCUUUCUUUCCUAAAUUAAAAGCAUACUGAAUUCUUAAUUAAAAAAAAUAAAUUGCUUAUUAAACAGGCAAGAGGGAAAAAACCCUAAGAGUCUGACACUUAAUGAGGUUUUUACAGACAUCAUCAUGCAAAUGUUGGAGGAUUUUUAGAAAUUGGAUGUGGUGUGGAUGAUGUCAAUUUAGCGUGGUGACCUUGUCAAUGCAGUCAUUUGCUAUAGUACUGAAGUAUGCAGAUUGUUUUAUUUUUCCCCUUCUAGUCACUAAAAUGCCAUCUAUUGAGUGCUCAGCCAACAAGCUAAGACUGGCUUUUAUAUAGUCCUUUAACACAUUAAUUUUACCAAUGUAGCAAUAAUAUAGGAAUGGUCCAAAUACAGGAUGUACAUACGGAUGACCUACUGUUUAAAUUGUAAAUUUAACCAAUUCAGUUGUGUUUAAAUUAAAUCACGGACUACCAUAAACAUUUACAAGUCAUCUUUUUCAUUUAAUGUCAUAGAACAGAUGUUGUCAUUAGUAUUAUUAGGAGUGUGUAUACACUGCCAUGUUAAAUAACUUGACUAGUGUGUUUAUGUUUCGCCGUGAAAAUAGUACUCAGAAAGAUUAAAUUCACUCUGAACUAUGUGGCUAAUAUUUUAGCAGUAUUUAAAUAGGUAUUAAUUCCUUAAGGAAAGAGGCAAUGAAGAUGAGCCUUUCAGCACAAAAAAAUACCAACCAAGGCUUUCCCCUGCCCUACAGGGGGACCAGUGGAGAUGGAGACAUGCAGGACUCUGCAGCCAUCCUGCACCCGGUCCUGUGCCGUGAUGUGGCCAGGAGCAAGGAGCACAGCCCUCACUGCACCGACUGCUUGCUCAUAGCCUGGCUGUCUCCAAGGGAAUGGGGAGGGAGGUGCUGAGGGCUGUGCAGUAAGCCUCCAUCCAUCCCAGUGCAUGUUUCAUUCCCACUGUGUCAUUAGGAAGAAUUAGGAGGAACGGGAAUUUUUAAUCAUUUCAGUGCAUUUUGCAGACUCUGUCUGGAGACCUAUUUCCAGCCUAUUUUGUUUUAAUGAAGUUAUAUCCUUGUAGGACUCAACCUUUCGAAAAUGAGGCUGUUCAUAAUUUGAAGAGGGCUACAGUUUGAGCCAGUAGACUGAAAACAUGAGCAUAGACAUUAUUUGCUUGCAAUUAGGCUGGAUAUGAACAAAACAGAAGGAAUCACCUUAAAAUCUGUCUGAUCUUAAUUUGUGAUUCUUGGCUUAAUCUCAGUGAUAUUUCGACAGAGAAGAGAUGGUGAGAAACCAGUGAAGGAGAAGAGCAAAACUCAGAACAGCUCCCUGAAGGGACAUAAAUCAUGUGUAUGUCAAGUGACAGGAGCAUCUCUUACUUAGCACUGGGAUUCUUUGAAAUAAAAGAGCUGGAUUCUGUUAGGACCAGCACUCCAUCAGAGCAAGCAGUAAAAGAUGGAAGUAUUUGUACAGCAAUUAGAACUUUAUUUCAUAAAUUGCAAUUGCUCCUCUUCUACACCAAGGUGGAUCUACCUCGUUGAAAAAUAUACAGUCACUGAUAGGACUUCUGCAUUAAAACUUCUAAAUAAACGCAUCUGAGCUAAAGAGGCCCCCAAGGUUGUUUUAUACCCAUAAGGUUACUCCGAUUCUACCUGAUGUCCAUUACAUCAAACAGAAGUGUGUUUGAUUCUGAUGAACUUGGCAGAGAAAUUAAUCCAGUGACUUGUUAAAUAUUUCCCAUCUUUAAAUAUUUGCUUUUUCUUACCAGCUCUGUUCUUUCUAUGACAUUUCAAUUAUUGGCUAUUUCAGCUUCCCCUGUUAACUUUGGAAGGUCACUUUCUCCAUACCCUACAGUAAUCCACAUUUGCCUUAUAGACUUAUCUGUGUUUGUUUUUGUUUUGUUUUGUUUUUUUCAUUACAGCCUCCUCUUCUGAGAAAAAAAGCUGUGGUCAGGAAUAUAUCUGCUGAACCAUCGACACCUUUUCAGGCAGAGCGAAUUGCAAACUCCUAUUUUAUCUGUUUAGCACUAGUUUGGCUAGUACAAGCUAAAACAUGAUGUUUCUAUUCCCCAGAUGGAAUUUAAAAUUUAGUUUGAUACUGAGUAAGGAUUAAAAAGUUUUAAACUUUCACAGACUUUCAGAAAUAUUUAAAUAUUUUUAAUGUAUUUUCCACUUGGAAUUUCUGUCAAAUAGAUACAGUGUCACUAAAUAAUUAUUUUUUUUUUCAAAGGUAAGAAGUUACGCUGUAAAAUAUAGAUGUGUCCAGAUGAAGGUAAAAAUCAGGGAGGGUGAUGAAUUCCCAUUUUUAUCUCAGUAUUGUUGCCGCUUUCAUAUGCUCUCAUUCCAUGCUUUCUUCAUCUGGGAAUGUUUACCCAGGGUUGAUUAUACUUAACAGAUACAUUACAUGUGGACUGGUCAGUAAUCAGAAGGUAAAUCCUCAGCUCCUACUCCGAUGCUCAGUCUCUUGGAAUUCAUAAAGGCUGGAGCAAGAAAUUCAAGAUGUAGCCCACAGACUAAAAUUCAGAAGAGAGCAGCGUCAACCAAUUUCUCUGUAGUAUUGCUCAUCAAUACAUACUGCGGUAGUAUAAUUCUGUGCCAUCUAAACUAAUCACUAAAGUUCUCUGAGCACAUUUGACCAGGGCGGUUGCAGUUUUGGCUCCUUCACCUUUGCCAGGUGCCAAUAGCUGAACUUUGCCAUGUAUACACUUAGAAGUAAUUGCUGCCUAAAUUGCAGCAGCCAAACCCAAUACCACUUCAGAAAGGGUUCCUCUGACCUCAUUUUCCCCUGCUCUUAGCGAUUCUAACACGCUUCAAUUCUUUUGCACUACUUUUUAAUCCCUCCAAAGGAGAAUUUCCUGUAAGUUGUAUAUGUAAGGGCAAAUAUCUUCAAAUUCCUCUUGUCGAAAUACCACAAUAAUUGACCUCUUUGCUUACAGCCUUCCAUGCUGCCUGGCACCUUCAGUCCCCUCUUGAAACUGGGCAGCACUUUGGGGGAUUCACCUUCCAGUAAAUGAAGCCAUGCUUGUUUUCAGGGUUCCUCAAGCCACUCAUUCUAAGAAUAGAUCGUAUGGGUAAACCAUAAGUAAUGUUAGACGGCAUCUUGGCAUUAUGCUGCUCCCCAUGUCAACUGGUUCAUCCCCAGCAAUUCUCCAGCAUUGGUACCAUUGAUGCAAAGUUCCUCAUGAGCCCUUCUGCUGGGCGUUGCUUUGACAGUAGGAGAGGACAUUUGAAGGCCUGUGGUAAAGUGCAAAAAUGUUACCCCUUUUAUUGUUUCAUUCUUGUGUGAAAUACAUCCCAUGUCUCCCUUCUAAACUCAUUCGUUUGGUGGGCUUGGAUGCACCAAUAAGCUGAAAAUAGUUGGCUGGUGCCACUCAGCUCUCAGUGACCUAAGUCAGUCCAUCUAAGGUCAGUAGUUCUCUCCAUCCACUUCUUUCUGACCAUUUUGUGGCAAGUUGCAUUAAAGCAGUACCACAUAGGCACCACCGUGCAGCAGAAUUCUUCUGGCUGGAGAUUACAGGAGCAGGUAUGAUGGCACUAGUUCCUUCCAGCACGGAAGCCAGAAAAUAUGCUGGAACUAUGGCCUAAUUUUUUUCAAAAUAGAAGGAAAAUAUCAAUGUCCUUUCAUGCUUUAGGCUGAGACAAACACAUUAACCCUUAAGUAAACUUGGAAAGACUAUUUGUAGUAACUCUCAGAGGUGGAACAAAGCCCUUCAGUGGAUUGCAUCUGGUAGUUGGGAGAGCAUAACCCAGGCUGAGCUGAGCUUAUAAAGAAAAUAAAGUAGGAGUAACAACUGCAGGAAAAAUAUGGUCUUGAAUGUUACAUUGCCUCCUCUCUGGGAAGGUCACAGCAGAAUUGAGGCAUAAAACCAACCUCUUAUCACUUCCCAGUACCCUCUACUGUUUCUCUUUAAGAAAAAAUAAAUCCUGAAGGCAGGCAGUGGAAGAAAUCACUUCAAAGCACUGCAACACAUGGGAAACAUAACUGGUGGCAAUUAUUAAUCUCCAUCCUCUCCCCUCCCUCAGAGUUAUUGCUACCGAGUUUGAUUAACAGGGUUUGUACGAUGUUUUGUGUGGCAUCACUUAGUGCAGAAAUGAUUAGCUGUGAUUAAUACUGUUCAUGCCGGGAAGGUGUAUAUUUCUUUCACUUGAGGCUAUGUCUAAGUUUGCAUUUUUUUGUGGUGUAAAGUGCACGUCAUUGACAAGAGCUGCAGUGAAGAGGAAAUAGCAAGGGUAGGUUCAGGUAAAGUAAUUUUGGUUACAGCACAAUGAUAAGGGGAUUAAUUUGAGUAGGCAGAAAGGAUGCAGAUAAGGGAAACUGGUAGCGUUUGUACCCAGGACGACUGGCAUUCACUGUGAACUGAGGCUAUCCAAUAUUAGUAUUUUCCUCCUUUUUUUUUUUUUUUUUUUUUUUCAUUUUUUUUCCCUUCUUUUUCCAAAUUGAUCUGUCUAGAACACGCUUCCAUUUUCUGGAGGAAAUUCUUACGCAAAUGGUUACAUUGUGUAAAUUCUAUGUUGUCUUAUGGAUUUCUGUACACCUCACUGCAGGUUAUUAUGAUGUGUCAGGUCUUCAGUCAUAAUGGCUGGUAAUUUGUUGUAAGAGCCCUUAAAACCACUGUUCACUUGUUCCUGUUGACUUAGACGUUGCUCUAAGGCCAUUGCUUUUUGGACCAUUCACACUUCGGAAAUCAAGUCAUGAUGUUUGGCAUUUUCUGUUAGCAUAAUCCUCCCGCAUUAUUAUUGUACAUAUCCAGAAAACAAUCCCUCUCAAUAAACGUUAUUCUCUUUUUUAUUAAAAA